AGCCGUUUGGGCUCAAACCAUUUCGACUCGAGCCUUUUUGGGCUCGGGCUUUUUGUUGGCCUGCGCUCUGGGAAGGCGGGCCCUUCCCAAGCGCCGCCCGACGGCAUACCCUGACCUCGCCGCGUGGUAGGCUUCAGUGGGUGGCACGCAGACGCGGCGCUCGCCGAGGGGGAACAUCUGCAGGGCUCACCAGCAGGGGGCCUGCUCGAGAGGCAGGGACUGCCAGCUGCUGCACGCCCUGCCCCUGACGAGGCCGCCGCCAGCAGCGCCCGAGUCCUGCCAGAUGGAGCGGGACGCGCUCUGCCUCGAGGGCACGCCCCGGGGCAGCAGCGUGGAGAGCUCCGAUUUGUGGACCUCGAGCUCCGGCAGCCGCAGCUGGGCGGACCUGUCCGAGGACCUGUGGUGCGGCAGGGCCGCCCCCUUGGCAGUGCCGCCGGGCCGUGGGCCCGCGCCCGAGGCCCCCGCCGCGCGGCGGGCCGUGGCCCGCGCCUCGGGCGACGAGCUGCCGUCCUUCCAGGACAGGAUCGCCGACAUCCCCGAGAUCGUCCUCGGCGAGGGCGGCGCCGCCCAGCCGCGCGAGCGCGAGGAGUCCUCGCGCUCGAUCUCCGAGGACGUCUCGGAGGGCGACGCCCGCAAGGCCAAGUCGGCCCUUCGGCGGAAGUGCCGGCAGAGGAACGAGAGGAGGGCCGAGGCGCUGAAUCUCAACAGCGCCACGUCCCUGCCAGUCUUGCAGCCGCACGAGACCCCGCAGCGGCUGCCGCCACCCCAGUACGCGCCGCGGACCGAGUCGGCUUCGCCCCAGAGGCCUCCGGCCCCGCCGCCGACGCCGCGGAGGCUGCGCCACAGGGAGGAUCACGACCCUGACGAUUCCAGGUACGGCGGCUCUGCCCUCGAGAGCACGAAAGUGUCGUUGUAGCAUCAGAGUCGUAGCCCCCCAUGACGUAUCAGAGGCAGAGGCCCGGAGACGGACGGCAUGCAGCUGAUGUGGCAUCCCAAUGUAUGUCGGCCAGUUGCGGCGGCCCGCUCUGCCCUCGAAAGCACGAAAGUGCCGUUGUAACAUCAGAGUCGUGCGCCCCCUAUGACUCAUCUGAGGCAGAGGCCCGGAGACAGACGGCAUGCAGCUUACAGGCAUCCCAGUGUAUGUCGGCCAGCUCCCAGUCAGCCCCGCCUCUCCAAGCAUUUACGGUCCCCCAAUGCGGUCGACCAGCCAGGCGUUGCGGUCCCGAGGUCUGACGGAUCACCCUGAGUUUGGCGCCAUUCACCCGCUGCCGAGUCAGAGCUUUGAUCCAUUUUUUCUUGCAGUCUGGACACGUACAUCCCUACAUGUGGUUGUACUGUUGGUUGUACUGAAUUUAUGAUGUCCACUGUGCCCGUCGACCAUUCUGUCCAUUCGGCGCCGCUUUCGGUGUCGUAUGGUGCUAGACCCUCAUAUCGCGUCCGUUUAGAAACCGACCACUGGGGAGGAAGAGGCUUCUACAUAUUCCCG